CAGAGUUGCCUCCCGCAGAUGAGGUUGGCGGCGGCGCCUUCGGCGCCGAUUCCGCCGCUGAUCGGCUUCAUCGAGAGGAAGCUGGACGAGGAGGAGCCGCCGCCCUCCCGCGGGAGCCUCCGGAGCUGGGGGAGAGCGGCAGCGCGUGAGAGGACUCGCGACUCCAUGGCCGUGAUUGGAGGACUGCAGAGGGGGGAAAUGUGACACUACAGAGCAAAAGCUCUCUCUCUUAUGACGAUGAUGAGACUGUUUUUUUUUUCUUUCUGUGGCUCUCGACUGUGGAGCUAGACGAUCGGUUGAUUGUGGAUCAUUUUGUUGCCUUCUCAAUUCGGUUGCUAUCGGAUGCGUCGCGGACCAUGAUAACUAUGGUAAUGCGGAAGGAAUACUGGAGUCCGGACUGGGACGGGUGGUACCUGAUCAGAAUUUUGGGGAAACGGGGUGGCG